UAAGCUGUGGCCAUAAUUUCAUCGCUUGACGCUUCUGUGAUAUUAAAAACAUAGGGGGUUGGUAAUAUUUAAUAGUAAUUGUUAUUAUUAUAUUUACUUGAAAAACUAUAAUUACAUCAUGGCCGAUUCUACUAUGAAUGAUAUUAGUAAAAUGAAGGUGGUAGAUUUACGAAAAGAACUAAAAUCACGUGGCCUAUCUUACGCUGGGGAUAAAGCUGAGCUUGUUGCGCGGCUACAAGGUGCUAUAACGCAGGAUGAUCAUGGGGAUAUUAACUUAGAUUCUGAUGAGAUUGACUCGGAUGGAGUACUAGAAGACGAGGACGAUAAAAGCCACAAUGAUAUACUCGAGGAUUCCGCAGUAGACACAUUAAAUGAGGAACUUGUGCUUGAAGAAACUUCACCAGAAAAACAGCCACCAGAGACAAAGCCAUCAAGAAUCCUUAAAAGAAAAAUCACAUCUGAGACACCUAAACCCGUCGAAAAUAAGGAAGCAGGUGCAAAGAAAAUAGUUUUAAACAGAACAAUAUCCCUAACAACAAACACUGCCAAACCUGUGGAUGAAAAAAAGGAUAUUGAACCUCCAGAUAAUAAUUCUACCGACAAAACAUUUACAAGUAGUAAAAUUAAAAUAUCAGCUGAAACAGAUACCAAGACAAGAAUGGAGAUGCGAGCUAAAAGGUUUGGCCUACCUAUUAAAAUGACCGACGAACAAAGAAAAGAAGCAAGAAAGCAGAGAUUCAACCAGAACACAAUUUCGUCAGAUAGCUCAUCUUUGAAUAUAACCUCUUCAUCUGAAUCUUUAGCUGAAAACUUGGAAAAAUUUAAGAAAAGAGCUGAACGGUUUGGCCAGUCUGUAUCAGCAAUUAUGACUGAUAUUGAAAAAAAAGAAAAAUUGGAAAAGCGAAAAGCCAAAUUUGGAACUGUAAAGAUAUAAAAAUACUGAUCAUCAGUAAAACACUGGUAUUUUGUGCAUAUUGCACCAAUAUAAAUAAUUAGCACUUAAGGAUUUCAUUGUUUUAACUAUACUGUUUCUAAUGUAAAGACUAACAACUCAUGACAUAAAAGGAUUUAUUUGAGGACAA